AUGACGUCUUACGAGAUUGAUUAUGUCAAUAGCGACAGCGAUGUUGAUGCCGUCAUGAUUGACCGCGACGAUGUUAGCAAUUACAACCCGGAACAGAUCCUCCCUCAGCCGGCAGACAUCAUCCAAAAAAUCCGUGCCUGGCUCCGGCCAACCUCAUACGACAUUGCGGGCGGUGAAUACCGCAAGCACCUGGCCUCCCACGUCUCGGGGACGGGAUCCUGGCUAACAUCGAGCGACACAUACAAGCAAUGGCUGGAGGACGACCAACACGGGUUGCUGUGGAUCAAAGGCAUCCCGGGUUCCGGAAAGUCUGUCAUGGCAGCAAGCCUUAUUGAUGGGCUUGCGAAGGCCAGCCCAGGCUCUCCCGUUGUAUUUUUCUUUUUCCGUCAGAUUAUUGAAGCGAACCACCAGCCUGAGGCGCUGCUGCGAGAUUGGAUGGAUCAGAUCUUGACUUAUAGUCCGCCUCUGCAAAAGAAGCUCAACGAUUAUUUAGAGUCUAAAAGAUCAAUCGAGAGCGUUUCAAUGGAAGAUUUGUGGAAAGAUCUUUAUAUGGCGUUCUCUGGAUUGUCAAACAGGGUUUUCUGUGUGGCCGAUGCGCUCGACGAAAUGGACAAAGGCAAUGAGUCCUUUCUACAGGCUCUUGCUACCUUGGGCAAGUGGAAACCUCAGAAGGUAAAAGUCUUGAUCACAAGCCGUCCAGUUCCAACGAUUGAAGGGCCGCUGAGAGCCUUCCAAUCCCACUGCCUUCAAAUUCGAUUGCAGGAGAACAUGGUGGACAUCGACAUUGCGACAUUUGUUCAGUUUACCUUGUCGCGAUCCACGAUCCCACAGGCCGACUGGAAGACGAUCAUGGACGCUGUGCCUGGCAGAGCCAACGGGCUGUUUCUCUACGCAAAACUCGCAAUGGACGCCUUUGUCGAGCCAGGUGCUGAUGUGAAAACCGUCCUUGGCCAUCUACCUGCUGAUUUGAACGUGCUCUACACAGACCUCUUGAAGGAGCACUCUAGGCGGUCGGGUGUGGCCGACAGUGUGCAGCGUCUGAUCCUGCAGGCCGUGACUCAUUCCGCACGGCCACUUAGACUUCUGGAACUCGCCGAAAUGAUCAAGGCCAACAAUCCAGACGGCAAGGAGAGAGAUCUCAAAGCCACCAAGGACCUGAUCCGAGCUGCGUGCGGGCCGUUGCUGGAGAUCUUGGCGGAUGAAACGGUAUCUGUCAUUCAUCAUUCAUUUACGGAAUACCUAAAAGGCACCACUCGGUCUGAUGGUUCCGGAUAUCCGGUUCUGAAGAUGGGGCCAACUCAUGCGCAGCUGGCGGUUGCAUGCUUGCGGUAUCUGACUUCUGGAAGUCUGAAGUCCAUCGUGGUAGAGGAGGAGGAAUAUAACGAAGAUUCCGACGGCGACAACUGGCAUAUGUUUCAGAACCCCGUCCCGAAAGAUGAGGUCCAGCUGAGAUUGAAACAUCCCUUCUUCGAGUAUGCUGCCGUCAAUUGGGCGCAUCACAUCCGUAGAUCCGAAGCUGCUGAGCAAGAUCAGACGGACGUCAACGUCUUGGUUCGUCAGUUCUUGGACGAUGAGAGAGACAUGAAGGCUUGGCUACAAAUCAAAUGGAACGCCUUGUCCCGACGAGCUCCACAGGGAGUUACGAAGAUCCAUAUAGCUGCCAAGCUUGGCCUGUGUUCUUAUCUGGAGGAACUCACUCAAACCAUGGAGCCAGAUUUGCCGGAUGCGACUGGCAGAACCCCUCUGUGGUGGGCAGCCCACGAAGGCCACGAAGCAGCAGUCUAUGAGUUGAUCAAGGCCGGUGCAAACCCGGACCAACCUGAAUCCGUAAGUGGGUUGAAGCCUCUGCACGAAGCCGCCAACUUGAACCAUCACGCAGUCGUCAGCGUGCUUCUCGAGGCUGGUGUAGACCCUCUAACACCUAAAACUCAAGAGAAUCCAGGCAGGAGAUGCGGGAACGCUCCUGUAACUGUUGGACAUACCCCUCUCAUGUAUGCCUGCGACAAUGGACAUGCUGAAUCCGUGGGCGCAUUCCUGCCAUUCCUCAAGGACAUUGAGACCGCCCACCGUGCUUUGGCGUGGGCAGCCAGAAGCGCCAAGUCCAAGGUUGUUGCUAGGAUUCUUCAGCAUCCAGGAGUCGAUGUUAAUAAAAAGGUCCGUGGAGAUACGGCUCUCUAUGUAGCCUGCGGUACCGCCGAUGUUGAGACUAUCAGGUGUCUUUUGGAGGCUGGUGCGGAUCCUCGCGUUCAAAGCUUGGAUAGUGGCGACGAGUUUGAUUCAAUGGGAUUCUUGAUGCCCUUUGCAGAGAAGCCAAAUCCCAAUGGGCAAAACUGUCUGCAUCGGUUGUGUGAAUCCCGAAGUCGCGGAGGUCAUACGGCGGACAAUAGGAAUGCCGAGAAUCUGCAAACCAUAUUCUCACUCUUGGUCAAUGCAGGUGCUGAUAUCAAUCAGCGCGACCGAUGGGAUCGGACGCCUCUGCACUACGCAGUCUCUUCUCCUGUCUUAACCCGACUACUUAUUCAAGCCGGAGCUGAUGCCAAUGCAACCGACGACUCAGGGGCCGCACCAAUCCACCAGGUUCCAUCGAUAGACUCCAUGGUGGUCUUGAUCGAGGAAGGCCAUGCCGACAUUAAUCUGGCUCAAAAGGAUGGUCAGACACCUCUUCUCAAAAAGCUCUCUGCCUAUCAUGUUGAAACCACAUUGAAGUUCCUCGAGUAUGGACCUGACUGCAGCGUUACUGACCGUGACGGCAAUGGAGUAUUCCACCUUGCACUUGAUCAGUGGAGAACGGACGCGGACUUGCUCAGGGCUCUUCUCAAGGCUGGCGCUGAUCCCAAUGCAAAGAACAAGGCUGGGCUCACGCCCCUCCUCGCCAUGCGCAGGGAUUUCAAGCCUCACCUGAUGGAUGUACUUAUUGAAGCAGGUGCCGAUAUCAACGCGACCGACGGAAAGGGGAGGACCGUACUUUUCAAACUGUUGAGUGAUACUUCGGCCUCCAAAGAAAAGUACCCGGUAAUUACGCAGCUCAUUGAGAGAGGCUUUUCGAUGCAUCACCGCGACCGGAAGGGUCGUACUCUUUUGCACGAAGCAAUCCACUGCCACGACACAAAUCGUCAUAGGAGUAAUGAACAGUCACGGUUCGACUUUGUUCGUGGUUUGGGGCUGGAUUUGCAUGCUGUUGAUAAUGGCGGAAACGGCCUACUCCAUGAGCUAGCCAUGUCUUAUCGCAACCAUGAUUCAUAUUCCGGGCCCUCCUUGGUGUCAUUAUGGGAGAAUCUUCUUGACUUGGGUCUAGAUUUGGAGCAGGUGAAUCAUGACGGGCUCACUCCCUUGCAUAUUCUCUGCUCUCGCGCUUCCUUCUCAAGAUUCGAGCAGGGUGUGAUCAUGCCGAUCGACGUGGUGAUUUCGAGAACAAAGGACCUUGAUAGGGUCGAUAACCUUGGCGCCACACCCUUGCACCGGGCCGUGAUACUUGGGGAGCAACACUCCAAGAAACUCCUCGACGCCGGGGCAGAUCCUACCAAAGCCACGCACGAAGGAUUGACCCCAUUGCACCUUGCCUCUCGCUGCAGACAGAGCAAUGUCGUCGGGCUACUAUUGGACGAAUUGAGGAAACGAACACCAUCGUCAGAUUCUGCUGUCCUCGGAGUGGAUGCUGCCGCGUCUGAUCAGCAUAACAGCACACCGCUUUAUUACGCUUGCCUAUCUGGGAGGCCAGAGACCGUUUCGCUCCUCUUGGAUGCCGGGGCUGAUCCCAAAAAAGGUCAUGUCUUUUCUGCUUGUGCCUCCUUCGAGGACGAGGACCAGUUGUGGAACAGCGGUUGUCAGGAAGACGAAAUUUUCAAUGAUCAGCUUCCUCUCCGCUCGAGGGACACGAGGCGUUUUCCAAAACGGGGAGGUCGAUACAGGCAGGAUAGUGAUACGAACAGCGUUGAAACAACCAGAUUAGAAGAGAUUCUGGAAAUGUGUGUGAGAAACGGCCUCGAGGAGAAACACUUCGACCAGCUCGAUCUGCGUUUCCCGAAAAGUGGUUACAUCAGCGAAGCCUUCUACAAGGGGCAUGACUACAUCGCAAUGUGCUUAACCGCCAUGAGAGCUAGAAACCCUGCUUGGAGUGUUGAAGAAGCAGCAUCCGUCACUGGGACAGGGAUGGUUGAAGAAGUACUGUACAACUCAUCGAGGGAGGCUAGACUUGAGAGUUUCGGUGCCUCUGGGAUGAUUCAGCCUGAUAGGAUCAACCAGAACCACUUGUUGUCAUUUCUGAGACAGAAGGAGUGGAAGUUUAUUGAAAAGAUGGCACAUGAGGGAGUUGAAUUCCUCAGCGCCAAGACCGGCGUUAGCAACUUCACCAUUCUCGUCAGCCAUGGCUAUACUUCACUUGCAGAGACGGUGGGUGAUAUUGUGGUCCAGAAAGGUUUUGAAAGUGGUGAUUGGCACGCUUUCGGGGACAAAUCCCGGCCAGGUCUCUGGUUUGCGAGGCGAGACAUCUCGGAUCCAAAUAAAGUGGCCCAGAACCCUCUGCCUUUACUAAUCGAGGCAACUCAGCGAGAACUUCCCAAUUUGCCGAUGGUCAAAUUGCUAGUGGAGAAGUUUGGGGUCGACAUAAACGAGAUGGCAUAUGGCAGAGGGUACGUGGGUGGCAAGAAUAUGGUCGGCGGAAACAAUUCUCCUCUUCACUCCGUAGCGAGGGGAGAUCAUUGGUGGCAAGUUCAUCAAGCAUUGCCCUAUUUACUCGAGGCUGGAGCCAACAUGAAUAUCCGCAACCAGAAUGGACAAACGCCCCUCCUUACGGCCCUCAAAGCUGAUGGGAACUGGCCUGGGCCGUUCAAUGGGACUGCCGCGAGACUUUUGAUUGAGGCCGGAGCAGACGUUAACGCAGUUGACAACGAGGGACGAAGCUGUCUGGCCUGUGCGAGGCAUGACGUCGGUCUAGUGAAGCUCCUCAUCUCACACGGGGCCGUUGUGACGGCCGACUCCGUCCUUGCGGCGAUUGACUCCAGAAGCGUCCCGAUGCUCCAGGCGCUCCUUUCUGGGGGUGCAAGCGCGAAUAUCCGUGCUGAAAAGCCGUCCGAAGAGGCCAUUGCCGCUGAAAUGGAAAGGAGGAGAAACGAUAUGGAUGGCUUUGGCUGGGCCCUUCGUCCAUCAGUACCGCCGCACGAAAAGUAUCCGCUCUUCCACGCAGGGAAUACCUUAGAAACGAUAAAACUUCCUGUUACAAACAAAGAACUUCGAGAGACAGAGACUUGCAUUCAACUGGUACAAGUCCUUCUCGAACAUGGAGCUGACCCGUUUGGUAAAUUUCUGAUGGAAGAGCCUUCGGGCCCAGCUGCAUCAAUUUAUCAAGAAGCCACAGUCCUGCAUGAACUAUUUGCCGAUGGUAGUUUACCUGAGGUUUACCUCCGCAUUCCUAACCUAGAUGUUAACCGCAGGGAUGCCAGAGGCCGCACCCUGCUACAUGCUGUCUGCAGUGGUAUCAAUUACCCGGACUAUGUCAUUGGGUCAUACCAACAGGGUGAACAGGCCGGCGACAAGACUACCGUCUUUCAACAACUCUUAUCCUUGGGGGCAGAGAUAGAAGCUGUGGACAGCUCUUCUCGGAACGUCUUGCAUCUCAUGAUUGGCACUGAUCGCCUCCAUGGGUUCGUCGAAUAUGAUAGAUUUGAGGCAUCUCUGGCCGAGGUUCUGAAAAAGGCCCCUCACCUUAUGAAUCAACCAGACUCUUCUGGUGAAACGCCUCUGCACACGGCCGUUAUUCGUGCAGCCAGCAGGGGGAGGCCGGAUAUCGCCGAGGGGCUCCUGAAAGCUGGGGCCGACCAUCUCACGGUUACCAAGAAGGAAGACAAUCUUCUCCACUCACUUGCGUCAAGUCUACGUACUGAGCAGACCCGAGAUUUCUUCGAGGAUUUGGUGAAGCGUGGGGUUGAUAUAAACGCUCGGAAUGUCAGAGGAGAAACCCCGCUUUUCACCUUUUGUGUGAACUCCAAGGAUAAGACAGACAACUUUUACUCUGAAAAGGAGAAGGCUACGGAGCAACUGAAAGCCAUACCACUCAUGGAACGACUGGGUGCCGACCUCUUUGUCAAAGAUAACAGGGGUCGCGGGUUGUUGCAUGCGGCGGCAGGGGCAAGUGUUGAUGUCUUCAAGCAACUGAUGGAACGAGGGCUCGAUGUCAUGUUGGAAGAUGAGGUGCAGCAAACGCCUAUUGACGUUGCUGCUGCAUGCGGAAGCAAGGAAAUCCUGGAGCUCUUUGAGAAGAAAAUAUGA